UGAUAUUUUUUUUCCAGUGCUAACGGCGCAAACUAAUGGCUGGGUGUUGUUUUAAGCUUUAAAUCGAGGGUUCGAUUCAUCGAAUCGAAUGGAGGGGAUCCAAAAUUACCGCUGAAAUGCCACUACCUGGAAAGGAUUUUCACUCAUUUUAGGUCGACAUUAUAUCGCCUUUUCCACCAAUCGUACGCCUGCAUUUGUAAUACUCGGCGAGGAUACGUUGGAAUUUACGAUUUUAUGUCGACAUAAAAUGAGCAAUUUCUCUCCCACAGAGGAAGUUUUCCAAAGUUGGUUUGAACGGCAUUGUACAAUGGGAAUUACCCUCACACGUUCUAUUUUUGGAUAAUUGAGAAUUCUUAGGCAUUGUUGGGAUGGGAGAGGAUUUUCAGGGUAUUCUCUGUAGAUUCGACUUGUGAGAAUUUCUCCAGGUGUUUUUUUAGUAAUUUAUUGCUCGAUUGAAGCCUCUUCGACAAUGAACACCGAAUAAUAAAACUGGUAUUCAAGGAAGGAACAUGACAACACCAAACAUCGGGGAAUCGGGUUUUGGUUUCCUGGCGCGACUGGCAUCGAAGCCGAGUUUCUUGAACAUCGAGCCAAGACUUUUUCCGAACGGUCUCCUGGCUAAAGAGACAGUGGAGAUCUGUGGAGAGACAUCAACAGGAAAAACUAUCCUGAUGUCGCAAUUGAUGACAAAAUGUCUUUUACCCCCCACAGUCGGGGGUCUGGGUAUCAGUAUUCUCUUCCUGAACACAGAUCACCACUUCCUGGUGUCCAAAUUGUCGAGUCUGAUGUUGCACAUCCUGAAAAACAACUGGAGAAAGUCUGACGAGGAAGCCAAGAAAAUCGUUUACAACUCCCUGGCUAAUUUAACCACCAUUAACUGCUACGAUUACUCCCAAUUACUCAUCUCCCUGCACUCGUUGGAUCUGACUCUGCUGAAUGAAGCUAUCAGUCUCAUGAUGAUCGAUAGCAUUUCCUCGUUCUACUGGUUGCACAGGGAACGCAAUGGCCUCUGCACUUUGGACCAUUACGUCAAGUACCUUCUCAAGAUUAUUCAUAAACGCACUUUCCAGGCGAAAGUCUCCCUCAUCUACACGAAAACCUGUGAGACUGGAUCCAACGCUCGAGAAAGACCGCAUUGCACUGCAGAACCCACUCCUGAGAGGAUUAAUUACAGAGUGACAUUGGAGAGCUGUGAGAAGGAAUUUUUUUGCAAAAUUGAAACGUCCAGGGACCAAGAGAAUCUGCAUUAUAGAAUAAGUGGCGAUGGAGUUCAUUGGCUUUGAAUAAAUUCUAUAAAACGUCA